UUAAGAUUUCAUAAGGCGAAAAUUCCAACUUUGACGACGACUUCUGCUAUGAAUGACCAUGGUUUAUAUUACGGCAAGGCUCAUAGAGUAUUUGACAGGAACGCCAAGGGAGUUUGCUUUAAGCUCGACCCAUAUGAGGAAAGACACGUAAAGGAUGAAGACCAAGAAGAAUAUCAACCUUCCAGCCAGUUUCUGUCUCGCUGUCGAUCCCUGGUUCUCUGUGAAGACUACACUAAGCUUAAUUCCAGGGAGGCGCCCAACUACCGACGACUAUCUUCAGAGCUCUUCUGGGAGUACCUGUACUCGAGUUCGUGGGGAGAGGGGUGCAGUCUGCGCGUCAUGGAAGGGGAGCUUCUGGACCUGCUCCUUCACGCCAUGUACAGCAUGGAACGAGACCAUAAGGUCGUCUGCCAGACGCACUCCGCCUACGUCAAAAACCGCCAUCCCAUACGACCAUGUUUCAAAACGGAACACAACCAGGGUAUCAGUUAUGUCACUGAAUUUCUUCUUAUAGAAUUAACUUACUAUGCAAACAAACCCCAGUGGAACGAACCCGAUUCUCCAGAUUUCCAAGCAGAUUCGAGAAAGACAAUGACCGCGAAAAGAGUUACAGAUCUUGAUAAUUUUUCAGACUAUUUACCAACGGACAAGGAUUCAGCGCUCCAGACUCGAAUAGCGAGAAAAUCAGUUGAAUUCCACGACAGAAUGCUGAGUCCCACGAAACUCCCCCUAGUCCACGUUCCACUGAAACUAAGCGUGGAGUACCGAUCCAAACCUUCGAUAAACAGACAAUCACUGGAAGAUGUUCUGAAAUACAGUGUGUGCCAUUUUAACAGAAAAUGCAAGCAGAGCGCCAGUUAUACCGUGGCGUCAAGAGAGUUCCUGACUUCAGCGAGCCCCAGCGAAGACCGCGAAUUUGGUGCUCGUCGACCCAGUCUGGAUCUCCAACGUCUGUCCCGGGACCGCUGGAAUUUAGAACAUUUGACUGAAACAAGCCUGGCCGUGCCUAGCCUGCAUCAGAAUCUGACUUCAUCUAGCUUGCGCCAAAAUCAACCUCAAUACGGUCUGCGUCAAGCCUGUUCGAGUCUGUCUGAAGAUUCCUCAGACGGAUAUCCCGACCUCUCAUGGUAUGCCAAGGAGGUCGAACGCCUUACAGGGCACACCAUCAAAUCUGAUGAUACCAAGAACACAGAGGAGGAAGUUCUGGAUAAGUGGCUUUCGGAUAAGCUCAUUUAUCCCAAGAAACCAUUUGAAUACAAAUCUGGAGAAGACCUGGUAGUGGAUAAGUUCCACAGAAGUACCAAGAAGAAACUGCAAGAGAGAAAGAAUCAACGCAUACUGGAAUCAGAAACCAGGCGAAGUGAAUAUGAAGAAGCACAGGUAGAAUUUGAGAAAUCUCGUCCAAAAGUUAAACCUAUUGAAGACGUACCAGUAGUACCAGUAGAGUCUUUCUCCUUGAUUAAAGUAUGCACCCGAACGCCGUCUGGCGUUGACUUCAUACACUGGGUAGACGAGACCGAUGCGAGAAGACGGAAUUCGUUCAAAGAUAUAGAAGAAGAAAUUAACAAAAAACCGCAAAGAUGGAAUAAGAGAUGGACAGGAAAAUCUUCUAAAAGGAAAAGGAGACGGGGCAGAAGAGAAGGAGCAAGUGGAGUCUCAUCUCCGACUGGAAGCCCAGACGAGACGGGAAAAUCGAAACUGAAGAGUGGCAGACGAUCUGCAAACAAAGUGAAAGACGACAGCCUAUUGAAAGCAAACCGCCCAGUCAGAAAACCUACGUCUGCCGAAUCGUCGUUCUCUACAGAAGGAGGGUUUACUCCAGGAAUUCAUCGACGAUUGACUCCAGGAAUUCAACAAGGAAGAUGCACCGAUAGAAUUCAACAAGGAGGAUUGACUCCUGGAAUUCUACAAGGAGGAUUCAUUCCUAUGAUCCGUCAAUCAAGUCCUGUGAAAACGAAGUCCACAAAGAAAAAGAAAAAGGAACGCACGAUGUGCGUACACGAAAUUGGUAUCUUAAAGCGCAGGUUAAAGCUGGCAAUGUUGAAAGGUCAGCUGGAGCCUGGCGAGGCGGAAGACAUAGAAGAUGAACUGAACGAGACUCUUUUUGACGCCGCAAAGCGAAACAAGAACUUCACUCUGCCAAAUAUCACAACGGGCAAGACGGACAAACGACCGAUUGCUAACCUGCCUCAAAGAUAUCCCGAGAUUGUCAAAGAAAGCACGGCUAAAUGUCAUGGUAAAAAGUGUAAAACAAAACCGAUAUUACCGAGCAUGCUGAAUGAAAUCUCAGUUGAGGAAUGGCAGCAGUUGAGCACUGUGGAACCAUUCAAGUCUUCUCAAUAUGACGAUCACGUGACAAAACAAUUUCCCGAUUAUACAGUCCCCGGCUUUAAAGUCACGGCGACGUCCCGCGACUUUUACGCGAAAUUCCAGAAAGCCAUGGACGACUUCGUUAUUCGCAAGGAGAAUGUCAUUUCAAACUUGGACUUUAAGCAUAUUUCGUCAGUUACGUUCACGCGACACGCAAUAUUUCAGAAAGGUUUUUAGUUAAUAUUUACAUGACUGUUAAACAUGUAACAAAUCGGUGGGUGGGUCAUUGUGGAAUGGCUGAAACACAAAUCCUACUUAAAAGUUAAAUCAUUAUUAAACCAAAAAUAUACACAUAUUUGUUUAUGACAUUGACCAGUAUUUAAAAAAAUAAUUUUGAUACAUUGACUUUUUGUUUUUUCUUAUUUAUGGUUCUCGUUUGCCAAAAAAGUAUAUACAUGUAUAAUGAAAUAUUUUGAAAAUAAAAAGUAUUAUAAACAUUUUUGUUGUUGUUGUUUGACAUAAACUUAAGGAAAAGACUAUAUUGGUUAUCAUUGGCAUUAACUUCCAAUCGUAUCAUCAUAGUUUCAGUCGAGACUUCUGAUUGGCCAAACAUCUUGACAAAACAAAACAUACAAAAAAAACCCCAUCCCCG